CACACGCCAUAAUGUAAAUUGCUUCUAGAUUUGGCGUUUGAGUUAAAAUUUUACAUUUUACAUGUUAAAAAUUCCAUUUACUGUAUUCAUAAGGCAUUUAAAAUGUCCCUAGUAAAUAUCGGUAAGGAUUAAGCCCAUUAAUUUUACAUAAUGUUAGUGCGCCAAACAUCUUGACGAAAAUUUAGGUUGGAUCAAAGAAAUCGAAGCCAUUUCAUUAUAUGCGUGUAAACGGUAUCGAAGACGAAUGAAUUUCUUCAUCUUCUAAGUGUUGCGGUUUCGCUGGUAAUGUCUGUAAAAAGCAAUGAACUUAGUGACAAAAAAGUGGCCUAUGUGUCGUCGCCAUAGUGGAGUGUUCGUGCGAGCACGGAAUCGUUGCAGUGUCUGCUGUACUAACUGUUGCUAAAUCCUUGCAAUGGCUCAGUAUUAUCAAAUAGUUGGCCAAGGACAUUCAUUGACACUUGAAGAGUUACAAAGAUAUUACCCUAACAUUAGAUUGGAUAGUAUUGUAGUUAACCAAGAUGAUCAACAGUAUGCACAACAACAGGUUGUUGUACAGCCAGCAGAACAGGCCAGUGAUAUAGUAGUGAGCAAUAAUGUCCAGCCGCAAGCACAGCUGGUGGUGGGUGAUGGGUUAGGCUACCAGCAGCAGUACAUCAUCCGGCAUGACCCCACCCCACCACCACGAGCAGACUUUCAGCAUCAGCCACAACAACAACAUCAACAGCAGGCCUUGCAGCGACAUCAAGUUUACUACACAUCUGAUUUACCUGUGGACGCUCAGGUUGUCUUGCAACAGGCUCAGCAGAUCAUUGAUGCAUCUCUGAUGCAACAGUCAUCUCAACAACGCCCACAACAUCUGGUGAGCCCGGCGCACGUGUUGUCGCAGCCGACAGUGAUCCACCCCGCGCAGCCGCCGCCGCCGCAACCGCCGCCCCAGACGACGCCGCAGCCCGCGACGCCGCAGCAACAUACCACCACGCAAAACCAACCGCAACAACAGCAGCAGCAGCAACUUCAACAACAACUGCAACAACAGCAGCAGCAGCAGCAACAAUUGCCCCGCGCUUCCCCGCAACUCAUCCAGCACCUGCAGCAACAGCAUCAACAACAGCUCCAUUUACAACAGAUGCAGCAACAACAACAACAGCAGCAACAAAUACAACAUCAACUGCAACAACAGCAGCAACAUCAACAGAUACAACAACAGCAACAUCAGCAGGUCGUUAUGCAUGCGACGUACAUCAACCAAUCUGGCACGGCGACGCGCGCGGCGCCUCCUCGUCUCCUGAACCAAGCGCUGAGCGGCGCGGCCGGCGUGACGCUGGUGCGCGGGCCGGUGCGCACGGUGCGGCCGCGCCGGCCCGCGCCGCGCCCGCCGCCGCCCGCGCCCCACCCCGCACACCCCGCGCCGCUGCAGCUGCCCGCGCGCCUUCUCAAUCCACAACUACACCAGGCCCAGGCUUCGUCCCCGGGUGCGGGCGUGAUCCGCGCCAGCGUGGGCGGCGCGAGCGUGACCAACAUUCUGAGCCCAGCGGUGGCGCGCGGCCGCGCCCGCCCCGCCUCGCCGCGCGUACUUAACCCGCACGCUGCCCACGUGCAGCAUCGCCCGCCACGAGCUAGGACGCCGCUGCUACAGCAACAACAACAACAACAACAGCAACAACAACAACAACAGCAGCAGCAACACCAGCAACACGCCCUCGCCCAGCACCUCCUCAACCAGCAGACAUCGCAACAGCUCCACCCUCAACAGCUCGGCCAGCUCAAACUAGCGGCCCACCAGCAACAAAUCCUCAACCAAUCUAAUACAAGCCAAACCCAGCCGGCCACGCGUAUAAUCACGCAACAGGGCACAAUCGUGACGCAAAACCUUCCCCAACAGCAGAUCCAACACACUAUAGUGCAGAACCAGAAUGGGCCGCUGACGCAACAAAACGCGCUGGCCGCGAUGCAGCAGCGCGCGUCGCCUCUCGCGCAGCAGGUGAAGAAGGCGGCCGUGCAGCCCAACAACGCCAGCGACAUGGACGACCUCGAGGAGAGCAUCACGGCCGCCAUCCUCACCAAGAACCCGGUGACGGACGCAGGCGCGCAGCCGCAGCAGUACCACACGCCGCCGCCGCCCGCCGCUAGGCAGAAUGCCACCGCCACAGCCGGCCCGCACCACCAGCAGCUGGCCUUCAACCCGCAGACCGGCUUCCAGCAACAAGUGACCUACGAGCAACCGCACCUGCAGCAACACCCACAGACGCUGACCCAGCUGCUGAUGGAGCCGGACCCCGAAGACGAACAGCGCCUCAUCACGCUAUCCAACGGGCAAACCAUCUCGGUCGCUGACUUCAAGCGCAUGCAGCAACAACCUCUACGUACACCGGCGCAACUCCAACAGGCGAGGGAAACGGGCCGACAGACUGUAGUGAGAAGUAAAGAACCGCAGAGGCCAGUACAACGAGUACCGCCUAUGCAGUCACAACAAGUGCCUCAGCAUGAAAAUAAUGAAGCAGCAGGAAGCGGGCCUUCAGAGCAGGCCUCGGAGCCUCAAUCAGCUAAGAUGUUAAUAUUCCUACAAAAUGGAGAACAGAGGCUAAUAACAUUCACUCUUCCAAAAGAAAGUUGUACACUUCAAGAAGUUCUUGAACAGGUCAACGUUCCCUUUUCGGAGGACACUCACAUACAAUGUAUGCAAAACACUAGCAGUGAAAUUGACUAUUUUGUGUCAGUUGGAUCUACAACGAGAAUAGAAGAAAUGUUGGAGAACCAUCCCAUGCUAAUAGGAGACAUAAGCAGUAGGAAUUCUCCUAGCGUACUAUCACAACCUCAAAGUAGCGAAAUGUCUACCCCAGAGAAGGCACAAUCUUCAGAUAAUUUGAAUCAUAGUCCUGAAUCUCCAGGGACCCGUUCACCGCCGCCCCGCUACGUGGACGGUAUGUUGGCGCUCUGUAAAUGUUGCGGCUACACGGGAUUAGAUUUCAGUCGCUGCCAGAGAUGUAAAAGAGUGUUCACUGACGAACCUAAGAGUGUUCCUAUAGCCAACAAGAAAGUAGAGCAAAAGAAAAAGGAACAAGAAAAGCCUGUUAUAGAAAAACAGACGAUUUGUGGCGAGGGAAUUAAGUUGAAUCUACUGAAGAAUACAAUUAAAACAAUCAACAGUAAAACGCCACUACAAGACAAAAAAUCGCCAAGAGUUAGAAAACCAAGAGGGAAACAACCAGACCCGGAACCAGUUAUACUGACAUUAAGUUCUGAUGAAGAAGAUUCUAAUAGCUCUAUAGUUAACCACCAGCAUGAACAAUCAAUUAAUACUAAAGAGCCAUCUCUAAGUGAGAUUGAAGGUGGAAUUAUGGACAGCGGAUUGGGAAUGGAUCACAUGGAUGAUGGCAGCAGAGAUGAAAUGAAUCAGAACAGCUCAGUGACAUUAAAUUGCCGGACAAUCAGGAUUGGCUCAUAUAGAUACACACCAAAAGAAAAGGUUUACAUAUCAUCUAGAGGUGUCAAAAUUGUAGCACCAUCACUCAAAAAUGAUCUAAAAGAAGUAGCUCUUGUAAUACCAUUGCGUGAAGUGGUCAAAAUAUUAGUGCAUUUUGGUAAAGGAUUACCUGUGAUCUUUGUGUACACUGUCAACAAAUGUGGUGCUUACAUUCGAAAAUCACUAGACAUGACAGAAGAUGGCGGUCCCUAUUACAACCCUAUGUCGAAAAAUGACCCAUUCAAGAGAAUUACACUUCUACCAGAAUCAAUAUCAGAAGAAGCAAAGGCUACAAUGAAGAGCUUGUUUGGAAGGCAAAUGGAUGAAUUAAAUUCUCGAGAAGCCAAUGACAUUUUAGUGAGAACAUGCCCAAAAGAGAAUAGUACAGUUAACAAAAUUACUACUAGAUCUAAUAAUGCUGCCAAUACAUCAGGAGUAAAGAAUCCUAAUCCAGCUGAAAUAAGGCAAAUUUUAAUUUAUCCUCCUGGUAAAGGGGGUAUACCAAUAAAUACUGAAGACUACAUGUGCCUAGCUCAAGAUCAGUUUUUAAAUGAUGUUAUAAUAGACUUUUAUUUAAAACAUUUACUUCAUGACGUUCUUACCCACAGUCAGAGAGAAAAGACUCACAUAUUUAGCACAUUCUUUUAUAAAAGGCUAACCACUAAACCCAGUAAAGUGAAUCGAAGUUCUAAUCCCCACGAGUGGGACACUGCACUGACACCAGCUCAAAAGCGACAUGCAAGAGUCAAGACUUGGACAAAAAAUGUAAACAUAUUUGAUAAAGAUUAUAUUGUAGUUCCUAUAAAUGAAAAUUGUCACUGGUUUGUGGCAAUCAUUUGUUUUCCAAGUCUUGAUGGAUGCAGAAGCAUGAUUGAUAACCGGACAGUGUGUCCUCAAGAAAUUAAGAAAAGAGAGCGAAGGUCAUCAAUGCAGAUAGGAAACACAACAAUCACACCUCUAACUAAACAGGAACAGCUUACAUUAAGUUGUGACUCAGAUAACCUUAGUGAACGGGAUGAAGCUGAGGCUGAGGAAAGCGAUUUAGACAUGCAAUGCGAUUCUGAUGAAGAAGAAGCAGAAAAAACCGAAAAGAAACCUGAAACACAAACUUUUCCGAAAACAGACCCUAUCAAACAGCCGUGCAUAUUAAUAUUUGACUCGUUAGCGGGUGCGUCGAGAUCGAGAGUGGUGGCUACUUUGCGGGACUAUCUCACUUGCGAAUAUCAAGCAAAGGUCUCUCAGAAUAAAACAUUCAAUAAAGACAAUAUAAAAGGAAGCUGUCCCAAAAUUCCACAACAAAAUAAUUUCACAGACUGUGGAUUAUAUUUGUUACAAUAUGUGGAACAAUUUUUCAAGGAUCCAAUAUUGGACUACUCUUUGCCAAUAAAACAAUUGGCAAACUGGUUUGAUGAAAUAGUUGUUACUAGAAAAAGAGAAGAGAUUUCACACCUACUGAAAGCUCUGAUGCACAAAUACAACCCAGAUUCGCAUUUGGCAUUGCCUGACAUAACAUUCCCCACUCUCAAUGGUAAACUCAUUGAAACCGAAGAACAACAAGAAGAUGGAGAUUGUGAUAAAAACAACUCAAGUACUAGUAAGCUUCUAAAAACCGAUGGAAAGGAAAGUGAAGGGCCGACGCUUACAUUCGUAAAGCAAAUGCCCACAGGAGACAUAGUUGUUAAACGGAACUUUGGUGAUACUUCCGACACUAUUCACUUGCGGAAAACUAUUCGCUUGUCUAGUGAUGCCGAAAAUAGAUCUAUGUUGCAAAUUAAGCAAGAAUUUAUAAAGAAAAGUGAUAAUGAAAAUCAAAUAUUAAUACCUAUAAAAGUGCACACUAGUGAUUUGGUAAAAGAUAUACAAAACACACUGAUAGUUAAUAAGAAUAAAACAAUGGGUGAUAAAAAACAAGGUGUACAUAAUCAAAAUGUAUCCAAUGUAAACUGCGUCCGACAGAACUUAAACGAAAGUGACAGUAAUUCAUUCCUAAAAUCGAGGAGGGUGAAACUCGAUGACGUGGUCAAUGAAUCAAGUAAGAAAUUCAAGAGGAAUGAAUGUUAAAAUUUUGCCUGUCCAAAUACCCUCAUCUAUUAAAUUAUUAUUAAUUUAAUAAAAGUGUAUAGUUGUUCUAUGAACUUGUAAAUAUUAGGGAUAAUGCUAUUAAUAACAUGUAUUUAAUACUGUAUCUAUUUUAUAAAGAUAAUGUAAAGUUUAAAGUUUUUCUCGUGUAUUAUACUAUUAUAGCUUCGAUUCGACAAAAUACAGAACUGGAAGUGAAGUACUAUGACUUUAUCUUUCCUUUUGUUACUUUUUUAGUUACAAGUUAUCUGAUAUGACCCUAGACAAGAAAAUAAAAUAAUUCAGUAUCUAUAA